UGGGCAGAGCAGCUUCCCAACACCCUCCAACGACUCUUCAGCUGCUCCUCCUCCCUCUGGCUCCUCCCCCAGCCCUCCCCUCCCCUAGAUCCUGCUGCCGCGUUUUCCCGCUUCACCAGCAGCCGCGGCCACCGCAGCAGCAGCAGUAACAGUAGCAGCAGUCUGCGUCGCGGUCGCUUUCUCCUUCUCCAGCGCGCUCCUCAGUCCCCGUGCGUCACCAUGCCCAACAUCGUGCUCUUCAGCGGCAGUUCUCACCAGGACCUGUCGCAGCGCGUGGCCGAUCGCCUGGGUCUGGAGCUGGGCAAGGUGGUCACCAAGAAGUUUAGCAACCAGGAGACCAGCGUCGAGAUUGGUGAAAGUGUGAGAGGGGAAGAUGUCUAUAUCAUCCAGAGCGGCUGUGGGGAAAUUAAUGACAACCUGAUGGAGCUACUCAUCAUGAUCAAUGCCUGCAAGAUUGCAUCCUCAUCCAGAGUAACAGCUGUGAUACCCUGCUUCCCCUAUGCCCGGCAAGAUAAAAAGGACAAGGUAGGCGAGAGUCGUGCUCCGAUUUCUGCUAAACUUGUAGCCAAUAUGCUGUCAGUUGCUGGGGCUGAUCACAUCAUUACCAUGGACCUGCAUGCCUCUCAGAUCCAGGGAUUCUUUGAUAUUCCUGUGGAUAAUUUAUAUGCAGAACCUGCAGUUCUUCAGUGGAUUCGGGAGAACAUCACUGAAUGGAGAAACUGUAUUAUUGUUUCUCCAGAUGCCGGAGGAGCCAAAAGGGUUACAUCAAUUGCAGACAGACUGAAUGUGGAAUUUGCUUUGAUUCACAAAGAGAGAACUGUUGUUGUCACCAACACAAUUCCACAAGAGGACAAAAUGAAACACUGCUCCAAAAUUCAGGUGAUUGACAUUUCAAUGAUCUUGGCUGAGGCCAUUCGAAGAACCCACAAUGGGGAAUCCGUGUCCUAUCUGUUCAGCCACGUCCCACUGUAGUCUGGAUUGGAAUACUGAGGGUGGAGCAAGCCUCCUCCAACUUCUUACUGUCUUUGUCUGCCUGCUGUUUUAGCAUUAGGACUCAGCAAUUGUAGGAUGAUCACUGGCAAAAGCAUCUGCUCUAUGUACACUUUUAGAGUCCUCUGUCUCUCCUUCUAAAACUCAAGACUACUACUUUCCAGUUCUGGGGGAAGGCAGAGGAAGUUGGUGGUUAUUUGGUCGUUAAAUGAACUGGUGUCAAUAAGAAAUAAUCUUUUCCCUCAUUUUUUUUUAGUACUUUUAGGCAACAACUUUUAAACCUAAAAUCCCAUUGUGGAAAUUUGUCAUACAUAUAUUUUGAGGUUGCUAAAGGUGAUUUCAUAUGAAAGCCUUCUGUGUAAAUAAUGCCUGUGGAUAUUUGGGGAACAUCCUACGUAGCCUUUACUUCAGAGAAAUCCUUGGAAAAUUUAUACUAUCAUGAAUUUGAAUUUUUUUUAAAUGAUAACUGGGUUUACUUUAUUGCCCUUUAUCAGGACUGAAUUUUAUUGAGCCACUGACAUACUGAUCUUUCUUCGUAGAUAUUAGACAUAUUAAAGACAAUAUAAGGCUGUAUCUUUUUUAAAUUGCCACUUUGAAGAUCCUGUCAUAACUGUCAACUUGCGUGAAACUCCCAAAUUAUGAGCAGUGAUCACUGUGAUUUGCAUACCAUUUCAGGAUGUAGUCAGUGAGUGGCCACAUUGAUGUACAACUUUGUCUAUCCCAAGGGAAUUUCUCUGUAGGAUGCAGUUCAUGUCCUAUCAUCUUAUUCUCAGACUUUAGCAGUAACCUUUACUUUCCAUUUUCCCUAACAGUUCCUUGUUGUAGAUGUCCACCAAAAGAAAGGCUUCUUGAAAUCCCCUCACAAGUUUUAGGUUGAUCAUUAUUUUUUAUUUGUUUCACAUACAUAAAAUGGAGUGGUUUUAAGAGUACCUCCAAAUAUACUUAUUCAAGCAGUGCUUAAUGAGCUUGAGUUAAAUGUUCUUUGGCCCUAUGUCACAUCAGAAGUACUAAAUCUCUAAUGACUAGUUAUUAUCUCUAAAGCUGCUAAAAUGUAGAUAGGAGAGGGUUGCAAAACAGUGACUGCAAAAGUAAAUAGCUGUUCCAUUAAAAUAAACUUCAAAGAAAUGGUUCAAAAAGCAUUGUGAAGAGGAAAUGUCAUUGUGGGUGGCAUUCUUGAUAAAAUGAUCUUCUAGUGAAGUGUGGAGGUCUGUGCACAUAAUCCCAGCACUUUAAAAAGAAGGCAGGAAGAGUAAGACAAGUUUGAGGCCAGCCUAGGCUUCACAGUGAGUUCCAGCUCAGCGUGGGCUGCAGAGUUGAGACUGUGUCAUAAAACCAAAACAUGCGAACAAAAAAGGAAGUUCUCUAUAGCAUCAUUAGAAGUGGACUUAAUCAUUUUCCUUCUCACAAAGAAGAGGAUUUUCCUGUGUACCUAAAGCUUACGAAUGCCAAGAAAAAAAAAAAAAGUCUUCCUCCUUUUUGUAGUAUUGUAGUGUAGAUAAAUUCCCAGCCCUGAAUUCUGCAGGUAGAAAAAUCCUAACCAUUUGAGGAGCUCAUUCAACUAGCACUCUUGAACAGCAGAAGAGCAGAAGUCAAAUCAGUGUUAAAAAGUGUAAUUUAUGUUAUUACGAAAACUGGCAUUUUGACAAUACCUUAUUUGUAACUGCAUUGAAGAAAGUGGUCACCUGGGAUGCUCACCUCUGUGGUACAGUCCUGUCUAUACAGCCUUGGCUAGACAUGUGUCAAAACUUGUUUGAUACGAUGCAGCUGUUACUUUUGAUAAAUGUGUGAUGUCUUAAUUUCUUGGGUUUUAUGGCUGUGCUGAAGACAUCCCUGUGCAUACCCACAUGGAGAUAGCUCAGUGUGUGGAGUGUGUGUGUGUGUGUGUGUGUGUGUGUGUGUACAUGUCCCAAAGCGUUGGCAUGACAAAAGCCAGUUGGUCGUCAUUUUACCUAAGAUUUUAAAAGCUUAAUGUGAACCGUGGAUCUUAAAAUAAGAAACCAGUUUUAAAACCCUGUCAUAAAAAUCUACCUGACUGUCCCUCUGAAUUUGAGAACUGAUGGUUUCUGUCCUUACCUGGCUUUGAGUUAGUAUUUUAAAGUACCUCUGAAUACAUUUGUGAACUAAUUAGACUGGACUAAGCCUUAUACAGUGGAAAUAUAGUUUUAAAUAUUGAUGGUUUCAGUUUGGCUAAAAUGACGAAGGCUUCCUCAUGAGCAGCCUUACUUCAGAACGUUCUUGUUCCUUGCUACUUGUGGUGAAGAAACAUAACGAAAAUCACCAAAUAGAUCAGCUCUGUCCAACUCUUUGAAAGGAGAGUACAUUAGGCAUAUCUAGCCAAAAAGGGGAGCCAGGAAAGUGUGAAUAUACCAAAGUUGUUUAGCCUUCACCUAAAUUUUAUUAGUCAACUGAUGUUCAUAUGUUAAUUUUCCUUUGUUAGAUACAGUGUUGACUAAAUUCAGGAAUACAUUCCUUGCAGUGCUUGUGCUGGUUUUAGAGACUAGAGAAUUUUGAGAUCCAGUGCCGUUUACUAAGACAUUUCAAUAAAAUCAUGCUGACU